UAAGGUUAAAAAAUUAAAAACUUUUAACACAUAUAGUUUAAAAAAGGAGAAUUAGAUAGUGAAAGUGGAGAAAUAGAAAACAGUGUGAGAAUAAAAAACUAACGGUUUCUGUAAUGUAUUGGUUUCGUUUUUGGGAUGAGCGAUCGAAAAACAAUGAUCACUUCGAGGUUAACUUUAAGAAAUCGUGAAUACAAGCAUUUUAAACAUAUCAAAUGGAGAAACUAUGUAAUAAAUCCUCUAUUGAUUAUCAUUCCGUAAGAAAAACGUAAAAAACGGACAAAGGGAAAGGAUAAGAUAAUUAUUUUAAGUGCCAUAUAAACAAACUAAUUUUUAAACUUUUAUUAAAAAGUUUAUCAAUUCCAAUAAAAUCAAGACAAUUUUAUUUUGAUAUUAUUAAGUAGUCAUUGUACAUUUAAAAGAAAUAAGAUAUGGAUGUUGACAAUGUGUUAUUAUUGAAACCACAUAAACAUUUAAGACGAUUUGAUGGUCGGAAGUUAAUAAGAAGACGAGCAGCUUGUAGUAUUUAUAAAAAAGGAAUCAUUCUAGUGUUACUCAUUUGUAUAUUAUCAAUUUUGUACUAUUUUCAAUAUAUAUCAAAAGCAUCAUUUUCUGGCUUAAUACAUAAAAGUUCACCGCCGGAAGCCAACAUAAAAUGCAACGUAAACGGUAUUCGCAUACCGCAAAAUCACGAUCACAAAACGGAAGCCCGUUUAAGAAGCGAUCCAAAAGUUCUUGUUUUCGUUGAAACGAUUUACUCUAAAGUUGGCAGGGAAAUUGCAGAAUUAUUGGUUUACAACCGAAUAAAGUAUAAGCAAGAGGUUUUCGGCAAAAGUCUUCCGGUUUUAACAAAUCUGGACAAGGGGCGUUAUGGCGUCAUCGUAUUUGAAAAUUUCAAUGCAUAUCUUAAAAUGGACAAAUGGAAUCGUGACCUUUUGGACAAAUACUGUCGGGAAUAUAGCGUCGCUAUCAUCGGAUUUAUAAAUACCAGUGAAGAAACGUUAGUUAGCGCUGAAUUGAAGGGCUUUCCGCUCUUUGUCAAUACAAGUUUAAAAUUACAGGAUGCAGCUUUAAAUCCGGCAUCAGAAAUUUUGCGUAUAACUAGAGCCGGUGAAACCUUAUUGGGUCCGCUACCAGGUGAUGAUUGGACCGUAUUUCAAUUAAAUCACUCAACUUAUGAACCGUUAGAAUGGGCUCAUCGUCAAGAAGAAUCAAAACCAAGCAACACUUUAAAAACACCUUUAACAACGGUAGUUCAAGAUCAUGGUUUAUUCGAUAAUAUUCAAAGGGUGAUUUUCGGAUCGGGACUCCGCUUUUGGCUCCAUCGGUUGCUUUUCUUGGACUGUCUCAGUUAUUUGAGUCAUGGUCAGUUGAGUAUUUCGUUGGAACGGAAAAUUCUGGUGGAUAUUGAUGACAUUUUUGUCGGUGAAAUUGGAACGCGGUUAAAACCGGACGACGUGAGAAUGUUGAUUAAAAAACAGGACGUCAUUGAACAGAUGGUUCCAGGGUUCAAAUUCAAUUUGGGAUUUUCUGGGAAAUAUUUUCAUCAUGGCAAUCGUUUGGAGGAUCAAGGCGAUGAUUUACUUUUGGAAAAUGUUGAUAAGUUCAUGUGGUUUUCGCAUAUGUGGAAUCAUCUACAGCCGCAUUUAUAUGAUAAUUUAACGGUGCUUAUUGAGGAUAUGAUGUUGAAUAAAAAGUUUGCCAAAGAGAAGGGAAUCCCGGUUGAUUCUGGUUAUUCAGUUUCUCCUCACCAUUCCGGUGUUUAUCCAGUGCAUGAAUUGUUAUACACCGCUUGGAAAAAAGUUUGGAAUGUUCGAGUUACGUCCACGGAGGAAUAUCCGCACCUAAGACCAGCCAGAUUACGUCGUGGUUUCAUACAUCGAGAUAUAAUGGUUUUGCCACGACAAACAUGUGGGUUAUUCACACACACGAUGUUCUUGAAUUCUUAUCCAGGAGGUGAAGCCAAAUUGGACGAAUCGAUUAGGGGAGGGGAAUUAUUUCAAACGAUAGUUUAUAACCCGGUAAACAUCUUUAUGACUCAUAUGUCAAAUUAUGCGAAUGAUCGCUUGGCUUUGUACACUUUCGAAUCGGUUAUAAGAUUUUUGAGAUGUUGGACGAAUAUCGAAUUGAAAAGCGCAGCUCCAUUGCAGUUAGCGGAGACAUAUUUUAAGAACUUUCCAGAGGAAACUGAUCCAGUUUGGGGGAAUCCUUGUGAAGACGUCCGACAUCAAAAAAUUUGGUCGAAAAAUAAGUCGUGCGAAUCGCUACCAAAUUUUUUGGUCAUUGGUCCACAAAAAACGGGUACAACUGCUUUGUACACCUUCCUAUCAUUACAUCCGACUAUAAAAAGUAGUUUGCCUAGUAAAGAAACGUUCGAAGAAAUACAAUUUUUCAAUGGGAACAAUUACUACAAAGGAUUAGACUGGUACAUGAACUUCUUUCCGAUUGAGCCAAAUGUUACGUCGAUUUAUUUUGAAAAAAGCGCUACAUACUUUGAUGGAGAAAACGUUCCAAAACGCGUUCACGCUUUGUUACAAACCGCAAAAUUGGUUACGAUUUUGAUAUCGCCAGCAAAAAGAGCUUACAGUUGGUACCAACAUACAAAAGCACACGGCGAUUUAAUAGCGAAUAACUAUAGUUUUCACGACGUAAUAACGGCUGGUGAUACGGCACCGAAACCUUUACGUGAUUUGAGGAAUCGCUGUUUGGUUCCAGGGAAAUACGCUCAGCAUUUGGAACGGUGGUUGUCGUAUUUUUCAGCAUCACAAUUGUUGAUUAUCAAUGGAGAUAUGUUGAAGACGAAUCCAGUCGAAGUAAUGGACGAGAUGCAAAAAUUUUUAAAGGUUGGAACAAUUUUUAAUUACACUUCGCAUUUGAGAUUUGACUCAACGAAAGGUUUUUUCUGCCAAAUUGUAAACGGCGAUAAAACAAAAUGUUUAGGUAAGAAUAAGGGUCGCCAGUAUCCGUUAAUGGAGGAGCGAUCUGCAAAAUUUCUCCAAAGAUUUUAUCUAAGCCAUAAUACAGCUUUAGUUAAAUUAUUAAAACGUAUCGGCGUUAGAAACGUUCCUCAAUGGCUCAAAGAUGAUUUAUCAGAUACAGAAACGUAAUAGCAAUUCAUCAUUAAUUUUUAAUCAAUUUGAGAUAAAUAAAAAAUACGUAUAGUAUGCAAUACUAAAUAAAUUGAU